GGUGUAUAAUACUUCUUCAACUUCAUUUUCAAAAUAUUAGUUGUUGAAGAUACAUCGAUAUAUAUAGAAUCUCUCGUCUCUCUUCUUUCUAUCCGUCUCUUUCUAUCAUGGCUAGGGUUUUUCCUCAAGCAGGCGUUUCUUCACCGUACAUGAGUACGGAGAGAGAGACUUUCACGGUUUGGAUGAAGUCUCUGGUUUAUCAAACCAAUGGUUUAACGGUUUACAAUUCCAACGGAGAGAUUACGUACCGGGUCGAAAACUAUGACAAAUCUAGCAAUGAAGUGCACAUCAUGGAUCUCCAUGGAAACAUUCUUUUCACCAUUCGCAAAAAGAAAUUAUGGCUCUUUGGGAGUUGGUAUGUGUAUAGAGAAUGUGGGACGCUGUCAAGCACUGAGGAAGUAAAACCUUUUGUGAAGAUCAAAAGGUCUUGUAUUAGAGAUGGAGACUGGGAAGUUCGAGAUGAGACCAAUGAAGUCUUUUGGAUUUUAAGAUUUGACCCCAAAUUUGCUUUUCAGAUAAUAGACGUCCAUGGAAACAUCAUUGCAAAGGUAAAGCCAAAACAAUCAUCAAAUGGAGUUAUAUUGGGGGAAGAUGUGUUAUCUUUGGAGGUGAAGCCGCGUAUCGAUCAUUCACUCGUUGUAACACUUGUCACUGUAUAUGGAUUGAUUAAAGGAAUAGUUUAAAUUUUGUUUGAAUUUCAUAGAAAAUUUUAUAUACAAGAUAGUAUUUUUUUCCAACCAUGUUUGUGUUGUGAGAGAUGUAAAGUGUCAUUUUUG